GUUGGCGGAGCAAGUACCUUGUGCGCGCAAGCUCGUGAUCCAGCGCUACAGAGUCCGCGAGGUGAGUUUGAUAACAGCAACGCAAACACAACAACAGCACAGCAGAUAAUGGGCAGAGGGUAACUUCACACCAAGGAUCAGGCCACGGAAAGAGAUAAAACGAGCGCCAGCAGCAUCACUCGCGAUCGCGCGCCCUGAGCCACGGCUAUCAGUGUCAAGAGAGGCUGCAGAUGUGUAUGGGAGCCUAGUGUGGCCUGUCCGUAGAAGAGUGUGUUAGCGGACGAUUUCGGUGUGAAUUACUCACUCGCCACGUUUCAUCUCCAUCGACGACCGGUGCACGGAGGGGGAAUUUUCUCGAUUCCCAAUCACGGGAUCAUAGUUCUGUUGCUGCUGUUGCCGAUAAGAGAGCUUUUGCUGCCGUGAGUGGAUUGUAUGUAAAUCACCAGCCCUUCAAGCAGGUGUGGGAGCGAUAUCCGAGUCGAGAUCGCGAAACUAUUAUUAGUUCCUCGCUGCUGUUGUUGCUGCUUCACUGGCUUCUAGGCUGGCCACACAUUUGGCUGGCGCUUUUCCUCGAGUUCAGUUGCACUUGAACACGCGGACGCGGACAAGUGAAGUUUAGUCAGUGAACGAGAGUGUAACAAGUGGUUGUUGGAGCAACAGAAAACAGGAACAAAAACAACCAAAAGGGUGUACAGCGAAUCGUCGAGGCACCAUGUUGGAGGCACGCGGUGGAAUGCGUCGGAUGCGCUUAAUGACUUCGACUAAAAAUAGUAGGCAACUGUUGGCCGUCUGCUUCUCGGUGUUGCUCUGUCUACCGAACGUGACCGAAGGACGUAAGGUGGCCCUAUCACGUGUCACGAAACCGACCGGACACCGUGGCUACGCAAAUCCGGACGUCGCCAAGUUGAGUUACUCACCGAGCCAUGCAGCACCGCCUGCGGCCGCGAAACCGGCCCCUCCCGUCUACUCAGCACCACCGGCAGCACAUCCACCUCCACCACCUGCGCAUUCCCAAGCACAACCACCUUACUCCGCAGGACCCUCGUACGGUUGGAAUGUUCCCGGUGGGGGAGCACAUCCAGCAGCCGGUGCCGGUGGUUCGUAUGGAGGAGCAGCAGUAGCUGGUGCGGCAGGAACGGGAAUCGUCGCUGGUAACGUCUACCGAUCGCACGGACACAACGCUACGGCUGGUGGCGGCUUCGGCGGCGCUGGCACGCUCGCUCAUUCUCCACCCGGGUAUCCGGUUCAACCGGUGCAAGGCUUCCCGGGAGCCCCAGUACAACAUCCCGGUGGUGGUUUCCCAGCACCCGGAUAUCAACCGCAACCGGGUGGAUACUAUCCUCAGCAGCAGCCUUCCGGGUUCCCUCAUCAGCCAGGAUAUGCGCCACAGGGUGCUGGAGCACAUUACGAUCCCGGACACUACCAAGGACAUCCUGGACAAACGGCCCAUCACUAUGAGCAACCAUCGAGCGGUGGAAGCGGAAUCGGCACGAUUCUCGGUGCUGGCGCAGCAGGUUUGGCCGCUGGUGUUGGUGGAGCCGCUCUGUACGAUGCGCUGAAGCCGAAGGAAGCGAAAGAGGAACCAACUACGACGACUGCGGCCACUACGGUGGCUGCUGCUGCUGCUGCUGCUGCUGCUGGUGUUACCCCGGCCGCUGAAACACCAGCACCACUCGCUCCAAUGCCGGCCAAUCCGAAUGGUGAUGCUCCGUUGGCUCCUCUGCCCGCCAAUCCCAACGGAGAUGCUCCGUUAGCACCGAUGCCUGUGGGCAGUUCAACCGAUACACCUCUAGCUCCGAUGCCCACCGAAGUCAGCCCAACGACGGUAGAUGGAUCCAGUCCAGCGGCGAGUCUUAGCUCAGUUUCUCCUCCGGCCGACAAUCCCCUAGGAAUGGCACCAUUGGCCACGAUACCGGAUUCUGCUGGUGCCGCUUCAUCGGUGGCAGUGUCGACCGAUGGUACCACCACCACGACCCCUAGUUCAGAUGUCGAGGUACGCCAUUCCGCUCUGAACGUGCAACCGAAUCUGUCCGCAUCGAUGGCGGAACCGGCGAGUGGUGGUGCCACCGGAACCAUCCGGCAGUUAUCAUCCUCCUCCAUCUCGCUGCUGGCCCUGCUACCGCUGGUUGUGAAGUAUCUUCGAUUCUAAAUCAUCAUCCCACUGGCCACGGCGUGGGAACAAUUGUGUAAAUAGUGUGCUGCAUAACUGUUGAGCGGCUCCGAAUCGUUAGGAUUUGGGUUUUAUGGGGAGGGAGACCGAGAACCGAGAAUUAUGGGGAUGGUAUUUGUUGCUUUGUCUCUUGAUUUUGAAAUACAACGGCCGCCCCGGAAUUGCGUCAUCCGUUCCGUUCCAUGAGAACGAGAAGAAGAUACCGUGUGCCUUGCCUGUUUUGUAGUUUUAUCGAAGGCUCCCAUUGGUGCCUCCGAUAAGAGUUUGUUUUUAAUUUAAAGUGUAAAUGUAUUUUGGCACAAAUGAAGAUGAAGUAAUGAAGGAUGCGAAAUAUAAGAACGAAUAAAACCAACUUUAUGGUCUUGUACGAAUAA